CGUUGCGUUGCGCCGCCUCGCCAUGGCCUCCUACAAGGCAUCCCGGAUCAAGCGGUUCCUGGCCAAGAAGCAGAAGCAGAACCGCCCCAUCCCGCAGUGGAUCCGGAUGAAGACUGGCAACACGAUCCGCUACAACUCCAAGAGGCGCCACUGGCGGAGAACCAAGCUGGGGCUUUGAGGCGCGCGCGCUGGGAGAGGGGGCGUGCACGCGGGACCCGGAGCUGCUGCCCGCCUCGAGGCCGCCUGUGCCCACCAGAAGGAGAAAGCAA